CCGAUCCUCGCUGCAUGGACUCGUCGGAGUCGGAGCCCUGCGACCGCGCGCGCCAGCGGCGGCAGCUGCAGCUCACGCGCGCGCUGCAGGCGCUGCAGUGUUACAACCCGGACUUUGCGCUCACGCCCGAGGUGCUGGAGAUCAUGCGCGCCUUCUUCGCGGACCUGCGCCCGGACGCCAGCGGCACCGUCUCGCGCGGGGCGCUGGCGGCCGAGAUCGCGCGCCUGGACCCGAGCGCCGAGACGCGCCGCCGCGUGCGCCGCGAGCUGCUGCCGAGGCGCGAGGAGCGCCUGGACUUUGGCGGCUUCUGCGAGUGGGUCAUGCGCUGGAAGGCGCAGCACCCGCAGCAGGUGCAGCAGGUGUACACGUCGUGGGCCGCGCAGCUGGCGGCGCUGGACCUGGGGCUCAGCGAGGGCGACGGCCUCUUCCCGGACCUGCAGCCGCAGGACUCGGAGGCCGACGAGAUCGUCGCGCUGCUGCAGGCCAGGCAGAAGCUGCGCAGGGUGCACGAGGGGGCUCAGUACGAGGACUACGAGGCGUCCGUUGCGGGGUAUGGUGUCCACCCGGACGACUCAUUCGAGGUGGACGUCCAGCAGAAGGUGUCCAGGCAGGACCACGCGGACGCAGCCGACGCGGCGGAGAGGAAAGGGUCCAUGGUGACGGUCUCCAAGUCGUUCAUUGCCGGCGGGAUGGCGGGCAUUGUCGCCAAGUCGGCGCUGGCGCCGCUGGACCGCGUCAAGAUCUUGUUCCAGGUGAACGACCAGCACAAGUUCAACUUCCGCAACGCCGCCAGGAUGGCCAGGAACAUUUACGUGCACGACGGCUUCCACGCACUCUUUCGGGGCAAUAUGCUGAACAUCCUGAGGGUCAUCCCCUACGCGGGGCUGCAGCACUCAGGGUUCGACUUUUUCAGGCAUAAAUUCCACGCCUACAACUUCCAGAAAGCUGAAAGGGAGGGAAGUGUGGAGGUGCCCAAGCUCAGCAACUUGCAGCUGGUCACGGCCGGGUCGCUGGCUGGAGGUUUGUCGUUGACGGUGGCGUACCCGCUGGAUAUCGUCAGGGCCAGGUACAUGGUGCAGAUGGGGAAGCACCGCUACACGAGCAUCUACGAGGCUGUGGUGACCAUGUACAAGGUGGAAGGAGUACGCUCUUUCUCGCGCGGACUGGUGCCUUCGCUGCUGGGGACGCUGCCGUACACUGGCAUUGGGUUCUCGCUGAAUGAAAGGUUCAAGAUAUGGACCCUUGAGCUUCAGCGUCGACGAUUGGAGCACAAGUACGGUGAAGAUGCGCCUAAGGCUAGUCUGAACCCGUUGACCAAGUUUGUGUGCUCGUAUUUUGCGGCGUGCAUUGCACAAACAAGCACAUACCCCAUGGACACCAUCAGAAGGCGAAUUCAGACGGACGGCUAUGUUUCAGGAUCUCAAGCGAAAAUGCAGUACACAGGUGUGAUCGCUACUGCUCGGAUUAUCCUAGCGCGGGAGGGCUGGCGGGGACUUUUCAAGGGCGUGUCGGUAAACUGGAUGCGAAGCCCUGUAUCUACUGGCAUCAGCUUGACGACAUACGAUAUUCUCAAGGAGGUAUUGGGGGUUGAGAAGAUAGAAUAACUAGACUGCUGCCAUUAGCUGGAAUACCUAAAACUGGUGAAAACUGUAAGUAUCCUGUUGUGCAGCAAUUGCUGGUUAACCCAUUUCGCAUUGUCCGGUGUGAAGUGAUAUCCAGUGCGUGCAGACCGGUCUAUAGAAUAAUAAACCCGGAAAUCCCAAGUU